GGAAGUGCUCGUGUGCGGAUACUGUUGUGAUCAGCAGACACGUGCUGAACGUUCCCAGAUGUUUUGAUAUGUUUUCAAGCAGCUGCUCCUUAUGACAUUACAAUUUUAGAUGUACUGUAUAUUAUGUAGAUAGUAGAACAUACCAAACUGAAACUUCCGUGUCUAAUACUGGCUAGAAGGUUAGCAGUGAAGCUAACAACAUCAGGUACGUUUUCUUGCCGUCAUGGCUGAUGCAUUCAGUAGCAGCUCGGAAACUGUAAUUCAGCGCGUGCUGGAAGUUACUUCAAAAGCAAACACACCUGUAGAGAAACUAGAGGACUUGUAUGAGAUAAAGAAGUGUUGUGAGUUCAUUACAGACCAUCAUUUCCAAAAGGUUGCUCUGCAGUUUCCUGAUGAGCUGCUGAGAGAUUCAGUGGCAGUGGCAGAGGAGAUUGAGAAAAACUGUAAUGCCAAAACAUUUAUUUUGGGAGACACAUCUUAUGGGAGCUGCUGUGUGGAUGAAGUGGCUGCAGAGCACGUUGGAGCGGACUGUGUCGUGCACUAUGGCCGUGCUUGCCUCAGUCCAUCAAAAAGACUGCCUCUAAUGUACAUUUUUGAAAAAAGACAACUUGAUGUGGAGGUGUGUGCCUGCUCCUUCAGAGAGCUUUACCCAGACAAACAGAGCCACAUCGUCCUCCUCUAUGAUGUUAACUAUGAUCACGCUAUUGAUGAUCUUGUAAGGAUUCUGUGUCCAGAGUAUCCAAACCUUGUUGCCUCAAAACUUGUGGUUGAAAGCGAUCAGUGUUUCAGUCACGGUCGGAUCAAUCGACAGAGUUCUUGUCUGUCUGAUCACGAUGAAAAGCAGAUUGUCUGUCAGUUUGGAAGGCAGCUUUGCCUCAAAACAGGCCUCACAAUAACAGAUUACAGUAUGUUCUACGUCGGUCAGGAAGGAGCGACGCUGCGAAACUUCAUGAUGACCUGGAAUCGAUGCUCCUUUUGCUCUUUUGACCCGGAGACGAUGAAAGGGAGAGUUGAGUCCAUAAGUAUUAACCGAGCGCUUAUGAAGCGGUAUUACGCCAUCGAAAGAGCCAAGGAUGCUAAUGUGGUCGGCAUCCUGGUGGGCACCCUGGGGGUGUCCGACUACCUCGCCAUCAUCCAGCAGCUGAAGGAGAACAUUCACAGAGCCGGAAAGAAGAGCUACGUGUUCGCUAUGGGGAAGCUGAACGUUCCUAAGCUGGCAAACUUUCUUGAAAUCGACAUAUUUGUACUGAUCGCGUGUCCCGAGAACUCGCUCCUGGACUCAAGUGAGUUCUAUAAACCUGUGGUGACGCCGUUUGAGAUGGAGGUAGCCUGCAAUAAGAAAAGGGAAUGGUCCGAGGAAUACGUCACAGACUUCCGACAUCUCCUACCAGGAGGACCCAGUCAUGUGCUGUUUGCAGAGAGGCAGGAAGAUGACGAUGAGACGGAUGUCUCCUUGAUAACCGGAGCUCUCCGGAGCUCAAACGUGUUAAACGGCGAGCCUGCAGAGAGCUCGUAUGGAUCCUCUGUGGUCCUGAGAAACGAGACGCUGACCGUAGCAAACACCAACUCUGCUGCAUCUUUUCUGGCAAGUCGCAGCUGGCGGGGUUUGGAGCAGAAGCUGGGAGAGACGCCGGUGGUGAAGGCAGUGGAGGGCAGGAGAGGCAUUGCUAUCGCCUACGAAGAGGAAGGAUCUUCUUCAUGAUGUACCAGCGGAGCUCCUCUAAUAGCAUUUUUAUUCAUGUACAAAUUGAUUAAACCAAUCCUUUAAAUGA